GUUCUUCUUUUAUUGGAAGGAAGUGUGAUAACACUAUGUUAGCUUUAAUGACUGAUAUGGCAUAUAUUGCCAGGAAAUAUUAGUAAGCCGUCAUUCUUAGCUCUUGUCUUCUUCGAAGCAACAUACAUACUUGUCUGGUGACUUCUCGUAUUGACUUUGAACGACAAAAAUAAUUUUCAGUAACUCUUUACGACUUUUGUUCCCUGAGGAAUACCCUUAUGUCUCCUAUACCUUUCGACAGCACAUCUAUUCGUGGCGAUUACGACAUGAAUCGUUUACACGCCGCGUCUUCUCUUCUAUCACUUGGUAGUAAGUGUGACCUGUCACCGAUCACCAUAGAAACUCAGGAACCUGACUUCAACAAGGCCAUUGCAUCCGUCAUCUGGGCUCGACAUCAUCACUUUACUCCAUCCACCAUCUUCAAAUGUGGCGUCCCCAACUGUCCUCUUUGCCCUGCAGUGGAGACGUCCAAUACUCAUCUGCCUGGACAGAAAGGUCUUCAACGAAGUGAUCAGGUAGCAUCGAAGUCGUCCUGUCGUUCAUCCGUCGUCAACUGGCUAGUUUCAUCGUCGUCGUCCGCGUCAACGGCUCCAGUGACCAGGACCUCUCCAGCGUUGUCGUCUCAUCUUGCAUCUGUCCAACGGUCAUGGCCAGCUCCGUCAUCACUCACUGGCACAGUUUACUCGAACUCUGAUACCGAAGGUUCCCGAUCUUCUCCGACAAACUCCGUGUCCUCUUCUUUGUAUGUUAACGAUCAAUCCAAUAACGCCCGACGUUUUCCGACCGUCCCCACUUCCAGUUCUCCAAUGGACAUCCAUUCUGAGAGACAGCUACCGUUCUCCUGCAAGUUCUGUCCCAAGCGAUUCGCUCAGGCUUCCAACUGUUCGGCUCAUCAACGAAUCCACACAGGAGCUCGUCCUUUCCAAUGUCCAUCCUGUCCCAAGUCGUUCGCUCAGAGGACGUCUCUUCGUACUCAUCUACGCACUCAUACUGGAGAUCGUCCCUACUCCUGUCAGGAUUGUCAACAACGAUUCGGGGAUCUUUCUACUUUGACCAAACAUCGUCGUACUCAUACCGGUGAACGUCCCUACCGCUGUCAUCAUGAAGGUUGUGAAAGAGCUUUCGCACAGUCUGGCAAUCUAAAGAGGCACUACAAGACACAUCUCCUAGACAGGAAGCUGGAAAAUAUCACUGUUUGAAAAAGAGACUGAUUGAAUGACUAUAAACUCUAAGAGAACAAAUAUUUUGCAAUAUUAUAACAGAUUCAUGUAUGGUUUUAUCACUGCCCAUUUGCUUGCGUUUCAGUGACAAAGAACUCUCAUUCAUUAUAGUUGAUAUCAUUGGCAAUUAAGAUUAUAUUAUGUAAAGUUUUUGUACUUGAUAGUGUUGGUGGUAGUGACGUAAUUAAAACUUGAUACUCAAGUUGAACAUGUA